AUGGGCAGCGGGCUUACACCCAAAGCUGGUCCGAUUAUGGCGAGGGAAGUUCUCAACUCCAACGGCGAGUUAUCAGUUUACUUUUGGGUUAAUAAUAACAACUGGGGCCUUGUUUGGUUUCAACCACAAUCAAUAUGCGGCGUGUAUGGUGUAUGUGGGGCUUAUGGAGUCUGCCUCAUCCAAGAAAACAUUCUGUCAUGCAGCUGUGUCCAAGGCUUCCACCCAAGAAACGCUACUACAUGGACUUCUCAGGAGUGGUGGUCAAGCGGUUGUGUUCGGCGUACUCCAUUAAACUGCAGCACAGAUGGUUUCCUCCAAGUCACUGAUAAGUCUUUGUCUGAUGAAGAAGCUGUUCAAUACAGUCAACAAUCGACACUACUGGGAUGUAAAACUGCUUGCCUCAAUAAUUGCUCCUGCACGGCCUUUGCCGUCUCUAAUUCUAAUCCUGUUGUUUGUAAAUUGUGGUUUGGAGAUCUGUUAAAUAUGCAAGCUAAGGCUACUUCUUCUGAAGGGCAGCCCUUCUUCAUUCGAUUGGCUGCUUCUGAUGCGUCACAGUUGUCAGCGCACGCAGGAAGAAGCAGCAACAGAGUAGUUGCACUCUCUGUUUCAAUCUCUUUGGGCCUUGCUCUUUUGAGUGCUCUCUUCAUUCUUGCAUGGUUUAUUCAGCGCAGGCGCAGAAGACUGGUUGAAAAAUUCGUGAAGGACGACACUUCAACAUGGCUCAGAGCAUUCAGUUACAAAGAGCUCAAAGUUGCGACCAACAAUUUCGCCCUUAAGUUGGGAAAGGGAGCAUUUGGCUCUGUCUUCAAAGGAACUCUGUUAGACAAAUCGCUUGUAGCAGUGAAAAAAUUAGAGGGUUUCGUACAAGCAGAGAAGCAGUUGCGUUUAGAACUAAGCACCAUUGGAAACAUACAUCAUGCGAAUUUGGUGAGUCUCCGAGGAUUCUGCGUGGACGGAUGUCAAAGAAUGCUUGUUUACGAGUACAUGCAAAAUGGGUCCCUCAACUCUUUCUUGUCCCGCAAGUCCAAAGAAGAAGACUGGGAAACCAGAUUUGGAAUCGCUUUGGGUACUGCCAGAGGACUACUUUAUCUCCACGAAGAAUGCAGAGAUCGCAUCAUCCAUUGCGAUAUCAAGCCAGAAAACAUUCUCCUGGAUGCCGAUUUCUCUCCAAAACUGGCUGAUUUUGAGCUGGCAAAGCUUGUUGGCAGAGAUUUCAGCCAAUAA